AUGUCAUUUUUCUAUAACAGAUAACAAGAUCAAACAUUACCAUUACCUCAUGGCUAUCAAUACAAUCAAAACCCUGAAGUCUUAGCAAAACAAACUAAUCAUCAAUAUUUCUUAACUCAGGCAGCCAAUCAUUCACCAUAAGAAAAUGAUAUCAAGCUUGAAAUAAUCCCCAAGGGAAAUCAGAUUGAUCAUCUAACUCCUCAGAGAAAUAGAAUCUUCGAAGAAUUACCUGACAUAAAAGUAAGAAAAGAAUUAAGCUAAACAAGAUAUAAAUCUACACCAGGUAAAAGACAUAGAAUUUUUGAAUAAGAUAACAGCGUAGAUCUAACUCAUCAAAAAAUUGAGUAGAAGUAAGUUACGAGAGUCUCUAAUCAUCAUAAUAACAAUAUUAAAUCCUUACUUUUAUAGGAAAUUGAAACCAUUAAACAAAAGUCCUAGCUCUACUAAGGAACAUACCAAUAGCUACUACAAAAAUUAAUCCAAAUCGUAGAGACCAAACAAGACGAUUUGAACUUACGCUUGGAUCCCGAGUUCAACAAUAUCAUAUUCAAAAUACGCACACUACAAGGACUUGACUUUAGUGAUAAAAUAUAAAUUGAAAAAAUCAUUAAGCAAAUUGUGAAUUAAGACGAUAAACUAUUAUUCUAAGGAUUGGUUAAAGAGUUGAUUUAAAAUGAAUGGAUGUAUUGGAUAGAACCAUUGUAUUAUGAUGUAUAAAAAUAAUAAAUACCCAAAGAAAAAUGGAAAUCCUUCAUUGAAAAACAAAAGUCAAUCUACAAAUUUUAUAUGAAUACUUAAAGUAUUUUGUUACACUAUCUUCAACAAUUUUCAUUAUCAAUCUUUCUUAGUUAAUCAUUGAAGCAGAUAUUGUGUACACAAUAUGCAUAUUAUAAAUUAUUAAUUUUUAAUUCAUAUUAAUAUGAGAAAUAACUAGCCUUAUCCAAAGAGAUAGAUAAGAUUAAGAAAGGUUAUAUGAGAGAACGAGAAGUUCGCAAAGGUACAAGUGAUUCAAUAAAUCAAGAGUUAAACAAUCGAUUUGCUUAGAAUUAUAGGAAACGAGUCGAAAAUUUUGUGAUCAAUAUGUUUGAGAAUCCAGUCGUUUGUACUGAAUACAAAUAGCCAACAACCUAAGCGUUUAGAGAGGAAGACCCAACCAAAAAUUUGGGUGAUCCGCAAUUUUAUGUUAAGGGUUUCAAACACUAAAAAGAUCUUAUCCAAGAAGCUUUGGAAAGGAACAAAGACCUCGAUUUUCUACCCAAUCGACAAGUUGUUCAUUACUGCUUUCGUGAAAGGGAUCCUUCCAAAGACAUCAAACGAGAUGUGUUUCGAUACAGAGAUAAAACUAGUCUGGGAAGAAUAAAACAGUUUUUGAAGGAUCACACAUAAACUCAAGUGGGGAAUCAGAAAUUCAGCAAGAAGAAAGUAUUAAAUAUGGAAAAUCUCUCUGAAAAUAUGAGUUCACUUGAUAGAAAAGCAUAUUUAAGCAGAUUGAUUGCCAAAAAUUUACUCCCUAGUUUACAUCAAAAAACACAUUUCUAAGCUACUGCUACUAUGUUUAAUAAUUUGCCAUUAUCUCUUAUGGACCAUGCUAGAUCGGCUCCAUUAUUAAAAUAAGCAGAAUCAGAAGAAAAAAAAUCUCAACAAUAGCAAAGGGAAGUUUAAAAGACUGAAGAAAUGGAACUAAAAGAUAAUAAAAUUAAGUAAGGUAACGAAUUGGAGACUUUUAAUCCUGUUGAGACUUCUAAAUCAGUCCUAGAGAAAUUUAAUGUCAUUCGAAGCAAGAAUCCUAAAAUUAGCACUAUCCAUAAAGGAUAAGGGCAUCUAAUCUCUACCUUAGACAAAUCUAUAAGGAUAUUUAUGGAAUAGAUUUAAGUUAAGGUAAAUUUUUAAAAAAUGAAUUAUUUAAUUAUUAAUUGA